AUGUGGAAGCUAAUUUCUAUAUUGUUGCUCCUGGCCGCCGGCUGCAGCGCGGGACCCCUUAGCCAACAGAGAAAGAAUAUGCCCAUUAUGGCACGCGAGGACACGGCAACAGCUGUGCAACAGGAGUCGGAUAUGCAGAUGGAGGCUGCAGAGGAAAUGCCAGCCAGCAGCAGUGCAGGAGUGGAGGCUGCUCCCCUCGUUGGCACUUUGACUUUGCCCAGCAAUGCUACGUCGAUACGAGCUGACAUAACGGACAACUUUUCAUGCGCCAACAAGAGCUAUGGCUACUAUGCAGAUGUGGAGAACGAUUGCCAGAUCUUCCAUGUGUGCCUGCCCGUGACCUAUGCCGAUGGCAAGGAGAACACCUUCCGCUGGAGCUUCAUUUGCCCAGAGGAAACGAUCUUCAGUCAGGAAUCCUUCACUUGCAUGCGUCGCGAGGACAUGACCAUUGAGUGCGAGGAGAGCUACAGGUAUUACGAAUUGAAUAGCAACUUUGGCCUGCCUACGGAGGAGGAGAAGCAGCCUGCAGCAGCAACAGCUGCAGCUGCUGCCGUUGAGAGCGAGCAAGCCGAACCAGAGAGACCUCAACCCGAGGAAAGCGAAAUGAAUGCCUCUGCUGUAACAGCUGCAGCUGCACCCGAGCCUGUGAUGGAGCCGGUCAAGCCAGUGAAGGUGCAAAAGCCCAAGCCAAAGCCCAAUCGCCGCAAGCCCGCCAUCACGUACAACAAGCCGCAAAGGAAAGUGCCUGUGGUAGUCACAGAAGCUCCCAUAAUUCAAGCUGUGGAGGCAGAAGAACCUGAAGUCCUUGCCGUGUCAGUCGUCCAACAGGCAGCCAAGCCCUUGAAGCCACAUCGCUUUACCGUUCGACCCAGCAACAAGGAGAAGCCGCAGCCCGUUAAGCCCGCAGCGCCUGCAGUUGCCACGCCCAUACGCAAUGAGUUGUUCAACUCCAUACGCAAGCGUCCAGCGAUGUUUAAUAAGAACAGCAUCUCGAGCACCGCAAGACCUGUGCAGGAAAGCGAGCCAGCUGUGACGGAAGCAAUUGUUCAGGCAGAGCUGAGUGAACCCCAGCCCACGUUGAAACUGCAGACGAUGUUUGUGGAGGCAGCUCCUGCAGCUCCAGUUGCUGAGCAGGUGGCAGAGCCAGUUGCCCAGGCAUCCGAGCCAGUUGUAGCCAUAGCAGAGCCCGAACCGGAGCCAGAGCAGAUGGCAGAGCAGAUAAAGUCAGAGGAACCAGCGGAGCAAGCUAGUCCCAUUAAUAUAAAGGAAGAUGAAGUGCAGCCCAUUGAAGCCAUACCAGAGAUACCCGCUGUGAUCGUGGAGACUUUAGAAGAAAAGCCACAGGAGAUCGAGCUCAUCGAGACCAAUAAGCCAGCUGCAGAGCAGGAACCACAAAUGGAAGACACUCACUCUGAGCCAGCGAUCGUAGAGCCAAACUUAUCCAACGAGGAAACUGCGAACAUUGAAGCAAUGGAGGCAGCUAAGCCAGCCGAUGCCCCUGUCAGUCUGCCAGCUACGCCCGCCAUGGAGCAUCCCAGUCCACUGGUCGAGCAGAUGUUGGAUAACAAAAAUGAAGCACAAGCAUCGAUUGGUGGCUUCAAGCCCGUCGAUCCAGUCAUGGCUGCCGAAGCGGAACAGCUGAUCACUGACUUCCUGAACACGCUGCGCAAGCAUGAGGAACAAACUAAAACUACAACUAAAACUGAAACUGAGACUGAGACUGAACUGGCAAAUGCCCAAACGGAAACGGAUGCAACUGCCGUUUCCGUUGAGGAGGCCAAGCUCCCAGAGCCAGAGAUUGUUGACAAGAAUGCCUCUGUCGAGGAGCAGCUGUUGGAAGCGGAGCCAGCGGAACCUCAAUUGAAACUGAAACAGGAUUCGCCAAUUAUCAAUAUAAUGCAGCUUAAUCAUUUGCCCGCCGAUUAUCAAAUACCUGUGCAGCCGGCUAAGGAACUGGAAACUGAAGCGCUCGCUGAGCCUGCGGAACCAGCUGCUCAAGACGAUGCACAGGAGAGCCUGCCCGCGGCUGCCUAUAUGCCAGGCAUUAGCAUUGACGACAUUGUGGAGCUGGUGAAGGAGCGUCUGGAUCAGAGCCCCAAGAAUGAGCAAAUGGCGCCCAUGGAACUGGUGCUAACACCAGGUGCUGCUGAGCCCAUGACAUUGAUUGAAAGCAAGCCAGAGGCUGAGCAGCAAGCCGUAGCGGCAGAGCCCGUUGCAGAGAUUGUUGCUGAAUCGGCACCCGUUGCAGAGCUCGCUGCUGAGCCAGCGCCCGUUGCAGCCGAGGAACAGGAAGUCAUUCUGCCUAUAUACAAGCGCGUUUCAGACGCGGAUCCAGCCAUGUCCGUUGCGCAAACACAGCCCCUGACUGUGAGCAAAGUUGAAGCAGAGCCGACACCACAGCAGGAGGAGGCAGCAGCUGUUGUGCCGGAGGUGCGAGAGCCAAAGACUCCAUCGAGAAUGGAUGCACGUAAACGUCGCUUUCUCUUUCGUGCCGAUGCCAGCUAGAGGAAUCACCCACCCACGCUCCGCCUCCGAGCAACACCCGCCCACAACAUUAAGCCUCUCGUAGCUCCGCCCUCCACUCAUUUGCACCUAGGCAGCUUUAAUGACUAUUUUU